GACACAGUCGAAGUCAACCAAACUGGAAAAAGAAGAAAGCGGUUCAUACUUCUGCCUAAGCUUCAAGGUUCUGGCCGAAAAUGGCAAAAGAGCGUAUGCAUAUCAACUUAACCAUAAUUGGCCAUGUUGACAGUGGAAAAUCAACCACCACAGGCCACCUCGUGUACAAAUGCGGUGGUGUUGACCCAAGAACAAUCGAAAAGUAUGAGAAAGCGGCUGCACAGAUGGGUAAGACGUCCUUCAAAUAUGCCUGGAUUCUAGACAAACUUAAAGCCGAGAGGGAACGGGGCAUUACAAUAGAUAUUUCCCUCCUUAAAUUCAACACCCUUAAAUAUACUAUAACGAUAAUUGACGCACCGGGUCACCGGGACUUCAUCAAGAACAUGAUCACCGGUGCUUCGCAGGCCGAUGUUGCUCUGCUGAUGGUGUCCGCUGCCAAAGGGGAGUUCGAAGCUGGAAUCUCGCGCAAUGGCCAGACAAGAGAACACGCGCUGCUGGCUUACACGCUCGGCGUCAAACAGCUCAUUGUCUGCGUGAAUAAAAUGGACGUGACUGAGCCGCCAUUCUGCAAAAAGCGUUUCGAAGAGGUGGUUAAGAACGUAACCACCUUUAUCAAGAAAAUCGGCUACGACCCAAGCUCUGUGCCCUUUGUGCCCAUUUCGGGUUGGAGUGGGGAGAACCUAAUUGCGCCAUCUCAAAAGAUGGCUUGGUUCAAAGGAUGGAAGGUGAGGAGUAAACAGGGCAACGCAAGUGGCAAGACUCUCCUGGAGGUCCUUGACUCCAUUCAUCCACCUGUGCGCACAGCCAGCAAACCCUUACGUCUACCCCUGCAGGACGUGUACAAAAUUGGAGGUGUUGGUACCGUCCCAGUGGGCAAGAUUGUGACUGGUGUGCUUAAGCCUGGGAUGGUGUUAAGCUUUUCCCCUGCCAGGCUGACUGGUGAAGUGAAGUCCAUUGAAAUGCACCACCAGGGAUUGCAGACUGCUCUUCCAGGGCACAAUGUGGGCUUCAACAUCCGUAAUGUUUCGUCAAAGAACCUCCGCCGGGGAGAUGUGGCUGGCAAUGCCCAGCAGGACCCACCAUCAGAAGUCAACAGCUUUGUUGCCCAGGUAAUCAUUCUGAACCAUCCUGGAAAAAUCCAGGCUGGCUACUCCCCAGUACUGGACUGUCACACGGCGCACGUUACCUGCCGCUUCUCUGAGCUCCAGGAAAAGCUGGACCGCCGCACUGGCAAGAAGCUUGAGGACAAACCACUGCUGCUGAGGUCUGGGGAUGCUGCCACCAUUAAGUUGGUCCCCAACAGGCCUAUGUGUGUGGAGAGCUUCUUUCAGUAUCCUCCUUUAGGUCGGUUUUCCUGCAGGGACCUGAAACAGACUGUGGCUGUUGGGGUUAUCAAGUCUGUAGAGAAAGCUGACCAACACCCAAAGAAGGUGCAGAAAGUUUAAAAGUUUAAACUUAAGUUUAUUUUGUUUUGUUUUUUAUGUUUUACCAGCACUUCAGUAUGUUAACUUUUUAGUUGUACAAUGAAAUAUUUUCAGUUUUAUUUUGUGAAGAUGUAAAAAGAAUGAUAUAUUUUACUUUAGAUUUAAAGUAGUACCACAAUGAAGCUGUGGAAUAUUAAGUUGUCUUAUUGGUAAAUGAUGUGCAAUGAAAUUGACUUGGAA